AUGGCCGCACCAGGCGAGCCCUGCGCGGGGCACGGGGUCUGGAACCAGACGGAGCCGGAGCCUGCUGCCUACCACUUUCUGAGCCUGUGCUUCCUAAGAACAGCAGGAGUCUGGGCGCCCCCCAUGUACCUCUGGGUCCUUGGCCCCAUCUACCUCCUCUACAUCCUCCGCCAUGGCCGGGGCUACCUGCGGAUGUCUCGCCUCUUCAAAGUCAAAAUGGUGCUGGGGUUCACCCUCAUCGUCCUGUGCACCUUCAACGUGGCCAUCCCUCUGUGGAGAAUCCAGCAGGGAACGCCCCAGCCCCCAGAAUUCCUCAUUCACCCUACUGUGUGGCUCACCACCAUGACCUUUGCUGUGUUCCUGAUUCACGUGGAGAGGAAGAAGGGAGUCCAGGCCUCCGGGGUGCUCUUUGGGUACUGGCUGCUCUGCUGUGUCUUGCCAGUGACCAGAGCUGCCCAACAAGCCUCGAGAGGGGGCUUCCAGAGCGACCCCCUCCGCCACCUGGCCACCUACCUGUGCUUGUCACUGGUGGUGGCAGAAUUCGUGCUGUCCUGCCUGGUGGACCAGCCCCCCUUCUUCCCGAAAUACUCCCAGCAGCCGAAUCCUUGUCCAGAGGCUGGGGCCUCUUUCCCCUCCAAGGCCAUGUUCUGGUGGGCAUCUGGGUUACUGUGGAGGGGCUACAGAAAGGCACUGGAACCAAAAGACCUCUGGUCACUUGGGACAGAAAACUCCUCAGAAGAGCUUGUUUCUCAGCUGGAAAGGGAAUGGAGAAAGAACCGUGGUGCAGCCCAGCGGUUCACCAAGGUGUUUAAAAGCAAAGGAAGCAGUGGCACUGAGGCCCCCGAGACUGAGAGCUUCCUGCCACAAGGAGGAGUCCAGCGGGGCCCGCUGCUUCAGGCCAUCUGGCGGGUGUUCCGGUCCACCUUCCUCCUGGGGACCCUCUGCCUCAUCAUCAGCGAUGCCUUCAGGUUCGCCAUCCCCAAGCUCCUCAGCCUGUUUCUGGAGUUCAUGGGCAAGCCUGAGCCCCCAGCCUGGAAGGGCCCCCUCCUUGCCACGCUGAUGCUCCUCUCAGCCUGCCUGCAGACACUGUUUGAACAGCAGCACAUGUACAGGGUGAAGAUCCUGCAGAUGAGGCUGCGGACGGCCAUCACUGGCCUGGUGUACAGAAAGGUCCUAGCCCUGUCCAGCGGCUCCAGAAAGGCCAGCGCAGUGGGGGACGUGGUGAACCUGGUGUCCGUGGACGUGCAGCGGCUGGCGGAGAGCGUCCUCUACCUCAACGGGCUGUGGCUGCCACUGCUCUGGAUCGUUGUCUGCUUCGUCUAUCUGUGGCAGCAACUAGGGCCCUCUGCCCUCACGGCCAUCGCUGUCUUCCUGAGCCUUCUUCCCCUGAAUUUCUUCAUCACCAAGAAACGGAGCCACCAUCAGGAGGAGCAGAUGAGGCAGAAAGAUGCCCGGGCACGGCUCACCAGCUCCAUCCUCAGGACCGUGAGGACCAUCAAGGCCCACGGCUGGGAGGAGGCCUUUCUGGAGCGAGUCCUGCGCAUCCGGGGCCAGGAGCUGGGGGCCUUGAAGACAUCCACCCUCCUCUUCUCUGUGUCCCUGGUGUCCUUCCAAGUCUCCACGUUUCUGGCCGCAGUGGUUGUGUUUGCAGUCCACACUCUGGUGGCCGAAGAUAGUGCCAUGGAUGCAGAGAAAGCCUUUGUGACCCUCACCGUGCUUGGCAUCCUCAACAAGGCCCAGGCCUUCCUGCCUUUCUCUGUGCACUACAUCGUCCAGGCCCGAGUGUCCUUUGACCGUCUGGCUGCCUUCCUCUGCCUGGAAGAAGUCACCCCUGGUGCCGUGGACACAAGUCUGCCUGGAUACUCCACUGAGAAGGAGUGCAUCGGUGUACACAAUGGCACCUUCGCGUGGUCCCAGGAGAGCCCGCCCUGCCUGCACAGGAUCAACCUUGCCGUGCCCCAAGGCUGUCUGCUGGCUGUCGUGGGUCCGGUGGGGGCAGGGAAGUCCUCCCUCCUCUCUGCACUUCUCGGGGAGCUGUCGAAGGUAGAUGGGUCCGUGACCAUCAAGGGUCCUGUGGCCUAUGUGCCACAAGAAGCCUGGGUCCAAAACACCUCCGUGCUGGAGAACGUGUGCUUCGGGCAGGAGAUGGACCCACCAUGGCUGGAGAAGGUUCUGGAAGCCUGUGCCCUGGGGCCAGAUGUGGAUAGCUUCCCUGCAGGAGUCCACACCCGGAUCGGGGAGCAAGGCAUGAAUCUCUCUGGGGGCCAGAAGCAGCGUCUGAGCCUGGCCCGGGCUGUGUACAGAAAGGCUGCCGUGUACCUGUUGGAUGACCCCCUGGCAGCCCUCGAUGCCCACGUCGGCCAGCAUGUCUUCAACCAGGUCAUUGGGCCCGGCGGGCUGCUCCAGGGAACGACUCGGAUCCUCGUGACCCAUGCACUCCACGUCCUGCCCCAGGCUGACCAGAUCGUGGUGAUGGCUGACGGGGCCAUCGCAGAGAUCGGCUCCUACCAGGAGCUUCUGCACAAGAAGGGCGCUCUGGUGGGGCUUCUGGAUGGAGCCAGACAGCCAGGAGGUGGAGGAGAAGGAGAAACAGAACCUGGGGCCAGCACUGGUGACCCUGGAGGUGGUGGGCCUGAACUCAGACCAGAGAUUGACAGGUCCAUCAAGUCAGCCUCUGCAAGGGUCAAUGCCACUUCAGAAGCCCAGACAGGGGUUCCUCUGGAUGACCUUCAGAGCACAGGACAGCAAGCAGGAGAGGACAGCAUACUGUAUGGCCGGGUGAAGGCUGCCAUGUACCUGACCUACCUGCAGGCUGUGGGUGCCCCCCUCUGCAUCUACACCCUCUUGCUCUUCCUCUUCCAGCAAGUGGCCUCCUUCUGCCGGGGCUACUGGCUGAGCCUGUGGGCAGAUGACCCGGUUGUAGAUGGGCAGCAGUCACAGGCUGCCUUGCGUGGCUGGGUCUUUGGGCUCCUCGGCUGUCUCCAAGCCAUCGGGCUAUUUGCCUCCAUGGCUGCAGUGUUCCUGGGUGGGAUCCGAGCAUCCAGCCUGCUCUUCCGGAAGCUUCUGUGGGAUGUGGCUCGGUCUCCCAUUGGCUUCUUUGAGCAGACACCCAUCGGGAACCUACUGAACCGCUUCUCCAAGGAGACAGACACCGUGGAUGUGGACAUCCCCGACAAACUCAGGACCCUGCUGACUUUUGCCUUUGGACUCCUGGAGGUCGGCCUGGCGGUGACAAUGGCCACUCCCCUGGCCAUUGUGGCCAUCCUGCCACUGAUAGUCCUCUAUGCUGGGUUUCAGAGCCUGUAUGUGGCCACCUCAUGCCAGCUGAGACGCCUGGAGUCAGCCAGCUACUCUUCAGUGUGUUCCCACAUGGCUGAGACAUUCCAGGGCAGUGCAGUGGUCAGGGCGUUCCGAGCCCAGGGCCCCUUUGUGACUCAAAACAAUGUUCUCGUGGAUGAAAACCAGAGGGUCAGUUUCCCAAGACUGGUGGCUGACAGGUGGCUGGCUGCCAACCUGGAACUCCUGGGGAACGGUCUGGUAUUCGUGGCUGCCAUGUGUGCUGUUGUGAGUAAGGCUCACCUGAGUGCUGGCAUCGUGGGAUUUUCUGUCUCGGCUGCCCUCCAGGUGACCCAGACACUGCAGUGGGUUGUUCGCAGCUGGACAGACCUGGAGAACAGCAUCGUGGCAGUAGAACGGGUGCAGAGCUAUGUGCACACGCCCAAGGAGGCUCCCUGGAGGCUGCCCACCUGUGCAGCUCGGCCCCCCUGGCCUUGUGGGGGACAGAUUGAGUUCCAGAAUUUUGGGCUGAGACACCGACCAGAGCUUCCGCUGGCGGUGCAGGGCGUGUCCCUGAAGAUCCACGCAGGGGAGAAGGUGGGCAUCGUGGGCAGGACAGGGGCCGGAAAGUCCUCUCUGGCUGGGGGCCUGCUACGGCUCCAGGAGGCAGCUGAGGGCAGGGUCUGGAUCGAUGGGGUCCCCAUCGCCCAUGUGGGGCUGCACACACUACGGUCCAGAAUCACGAUCAUCCCUCAGGAUCCCAUUCUGCUCCCUGGCUCUCUGCGAAUGAACCUGGACCUGCUGCAAGAGCACACGGAUGAAGCCAUCUGGGCAGCCCUGGAGACCGUGCAGUUCAGGACCUUUGUGAGCAGCCUUCCUGGCCAGCUGCAGUACGAGUGUGCCGAUCACGGUGACGACCUGAGUGUGGGGCAGAAGCAGCUCCUGUGCCUGGCACGUGCACUUCUCCGGAAAACCCAGAUCCUCAUCCUGGAUGAGGCCACUGCUGCUGUGGACCUGGGGACAGAGCUCCGGAUGCAGGAAGCCUUGGGGCGCUGGUUUGCUCAGUGCACGGUCUUGCUCAUCGCCCACCGCCUGCGCUCCGUGAUGGACUGUGCCAGGGUGCUGGUGAUGGACAAUGGGCAGGUGGCAGAGUGUGGCAGCCCAGCGCAGCUGUUGGCCCAGAAAGGUCUGUUCUACAGGCUGGCCCAGGAGUCAGGGCUGGGCUGAGCCAGGGCUCUCCAUGUCUCCCACCGGGGCAUCCCACAGAGCCUAGAGUGCCUGGAGGUGCCAAUGACUCUGCGAGGAAACAGGUUGAUUAUCACAAAAAACCAGACCCAGAAGGGUCGCAGCCCCGAAGGCGGCCUGGGCGAGGCCUGCCCACCCUGGAGCCAAUGUUGGCAGCCCCUCUCAACCCCAGCUACCUGCUGGGCUCACCUGGGCAACCUGGAAACCUUGGAUCACCUACAUCAGAAUCCUUGGCGUUGGGGCAAUAUUGGGUGUCCUUUUGCCAAAGUAACCGGACUGAGAUAAUUGUGACUCACAUACAAUUUUAAGAUCUAACACAAUGGUCCCUUGUAC